CAGUCAGUCAAGACCGGCAGAACCGAGGUCGACGCAUCGCUGCAGGGUUAUGUACACAUUAAAGCUACGCCCUACACGAGAAAAAUGAAUAUCACUGUUAUUAAUGGCACUGCAAGUCCAGCCCAUGCUCGAAGCGACGAUGACAUCUGUGGCCAAAUGAGGAAAACCGUGCAGAGGGCUGACGGCACGAGCGUCGGAGUACAGACGAGAGGCUGGAAGAUGAGGCGAGGACACAAGCAGCAACCCAAAGAGAGGCCUUCGUCAACUGUUGCGUCAUCGAAUGUGAAGGCACACACUCAUCAGCGGCGGUGGUCGGUCGGCUCAUUUGUUGUCGUUGUGAAGAAGAACAGGAAGGAACCACAGCCUCCUCAGCGUGGCGUUUCCCUCCUGUGUUCCCCAACGGCAUCACGUUCUUCUUCCAAACGCUACUCCUGCCCCCCACUGGGGAUCCCGACCUUUCCCAGUCAGUCUGCCUCCUCAUCUUCCUCCAGCACCUCCUCCUGCUCCUCGCCUCCUCCGGUCCAGACAUCCGUCAUCACCGGGCACGACCCUCUGGGCUGGAAAUUACAACCCAAAUCCAGCUCCGGCUCCAACAGGAUGCGGAACAAGAGGUUGUCUCUACAGAUUCCCUUCCCUGUCGUGCCUGAUUUUAACUCUCCGACACCUGAGAUGUCCCCAAAAACCAAACCUCCGCUCAAGCCUAAACCACCCGGCCGCCGCCACUCCGAAUCGUCAGCCUCCCUCGCGUCGCUGGGGAACCCUCUACCCGUGAUGAAGCCCGAGGAGCUCAUGGCUGUGUGUCUACGCAAGGUCGUCCUCUCAGACGAAUCGGACGAUGUCUUUGGCGAGGAAGCCGAGAGGCAGGGAAGGGCGACGGACCUGCACCGCAAAAUCCCGCCGCCUGUUCCAGAAAAAACAGCCAUGGCCACACAAGUAGCACAACUAAUCUCUCAUUCACGCCAGCGCUGCAAGCCGGUUACACCGAUAAGCAUUCACACCAGAGAGGUGAAGCCAAAGCCAAAGCACUCACAGCAGAAUGUGCACCGUAACAACAUCAAUGCGACAAAAAUGGCUGAGCUGCAUCUCAGCAUCAUCUGCGACAGGGAGAGGUCGACUCCACGCUUCCCUGGCUGAGGAGUCCAGCAGAAACAUCUCGACCACAUCACAAACACAAGGCAGAGGUCUUUUUGUCCAAGAGCUGAGGUUUCUGUCGAUUAAAAUGCAUUUUUAUUUUGUGUUUUUCCUUCCACUCCAAAAUGUUAUUCAAGUGUUUUU